AUGGACUUCUUUCAGGUCACUGAUAUUUGGUCGGAAAAAAUAAACGGACAUAUCGGAAUGAAGGUACGAUUCGAGAAAAUCAAUGUUUCCAAAAAGAGCUGGUGGGCUAUCAAAGGAUCUGCAAAUCCCGUGCCCCAUGGGGCACGGGAUUUUAAUAUCUGCCCAGAACUCACAGUAUGCGAGACUUGCGAAGGUAAAAGCCCGCGGAUAUUUAAAGAAGGAUGGAUGUGUCUUAGUCCAAAUUGCGGUCAAUUCUGGCAAAUGGACGGACUCGAAGUACCCCAAGACCUGACAUAUGACGAGGCCUUCCUCAACAAACGCGAACUGCCAAAAGCCGGGAUACAAUAUCCUUUCCUUUUGAAACCAAACUUGCUGGUGGAUCUGUUGAGGGAGGAAGCUGUUCCCUUGACACGAAGAGAUAACUGGCGCGGUGUUGUAUGCCCUUUGUGUGGAAAAUGCGUUCCUAGCAUGUUUUGGAAUGGGUGGAAUUGUAGCUGGAAGACUGACAUCCAGCACACCAUUCCAUGCAAAUGGACGUAUUUGUUCAACAUUACUCCAGUUUCCCUCCAAUCUCUCACCAGCACCGGCCGCGAGGACACCGCAAGUAUGAGUAAUUAUCGGCUGACUGAGUACGAGAGCACGACUUUUCACCACAAAGUGACCGAUUACAUGUCCUGCAAACCCUACGUGAAAGUCUCAUACGUACUCCCCGAUAUCGGUUCCGUCACCCAUUACAAAUCAAAUCGGUAUAUAAAUGAGCAGCCCAAGGGUCCCGAUGACACCUUUUCUUCUCUCCAAAACAGCAAUCUUGGUCUUAGACGAUAUCUCCACCAGACACAAGUUGGUGAGACCGCGACGGCUCACUUUGCCCAGAACUAUGGGAUGCACUACAAAUUUGCCGUUGCAGUCGAGUCUAAAGACUUUUCUGAGACACCAGAUUGUGUGAUACAAUCUCUUGGACGUCUGGCCUGGGCCACCAAAGAUAUCAUGGGCGACUAUGGCGAACAUGCCAUCAAAACUUGGCUGCCAAACGAACUAAUUCUCAUUGGGUACUUCGAGGGAAUGAAGAUGGGCUAUCACGACGACGGCGAAAAAGACCUAGGGCCUAUUAUUGCCACUUUUUCGGUUGGUGGGAGUCCCAAAAUGACCCUCCGUAUGAAGGCUAAGUAUUAUCACGGUGAAACGUCCUCCAGUCUCAUUACCAAGGGGGAUCCUGUACUGAAAGGCUGUCGACUUGAGGAGGAACGCCGAGCAUUGAAGGAAGAGCUUGACAAGGGGGUAAAGGACCAGGCGGCUUAUAAAGAAUCCCUGAACGCCCUUUUCCGAGAGAAGCCCAAGAAGGCAACGGGGAUGGCGCCAGUUGCUCUCAGCAUGAACUUGCAGCAUGGCGAUAUGGUGGUCAUGCAUUCCGUCGUCCCUGAUAAGAACAGCAUUCUCCGUUAUGCUAUCACUGCUCGUCACUUCAAAACAGCCACGGCGGCAGAGGCUGAUCUUCAAAAGAGUCAAUUUCAAUUGACCACCAAUCAGGUGUACGACGGGCAGUGA